AUGUCUCAGAUGCUGCACAUUGAGAUCCCCAACUUCGGGAACACGGUGCUGGGCUGCCUGAACGAGCAGCGCCUGCUGGGCCUCUACUGCGAUGUGUCCAUCGUGGUCAAGGGCCAGGCCUUCAAGGCCCACCGGGCGGUACUGGCCGCCAGCAGCCUGUACUUCCGCGACCUGUUCAGCGGCAACAGCAAGAGCGCCUUCGAGCUGCCGGGCUCGGUGCCGCCCGCCUGCUUCCAGCAGAUCCUGUCCUUCUGCUACACGGGCCGGCUGACCAUGGCGGCCAGCGAGCAGCUCGUGGUCAUGUACACGGCCGGCUUCCUGCAGAUCCAGCACAUCGUGGAGCGCGGCACCGACCUGCUCUUCAAGGUGAGCUCGCCCCACUGCGACUCGCAGACCGCCGCCAUGGAGGACGCCGGCUCCGAGCCCCAGAGCCCCUGCCACCAGCUGCCGCCCGCCGCCCCGGCGCCCCCCUACGCCGUGUCCCCCGCCGUGCCCAUCCCGCUGCUGACCCGCGUGAAGCACGAAGCCACGGAGCUGCCCCCGGCCGCCGCCGGCCCGGGCCUGGCGGCCAAGCGCCCGCUGGAGCCCGGGCCCCGGGACGGCGCGGCGGGCACCGCAGUGGCGGUGGCGGCCGGCCCGGCCCCGCUCAAGCUGCCCCGCGUCUCCUACUACGGGGUGCCCGGCCUGGCCACCCUCAUCCCCGGCAUCCAGCAGGUGCCCUACCCCCAGGGGGAGCGGACCAGCCCGGGCGCCAGCAGCCUGCCCACCACCGACAGCCCCACCUCGUACCACAACGAGGAUGACGAGGAGGAGGACGAGGCCUACGACACGAUGGCGGAGGAGCAGUACGGCCAGAUGUACAUCAAGGCGUCCGGCGGCUACGCAGUGCCCGAGAAGCCGGAGCCAGUGCCGCUGGAGAGCCGCUCCUGCGUCCUCAUCCGCCGGGACCUGGUGGCCCUGCCCGCCAGCCUCAUCAGCCAGAUCGGGUACCGCUGCCACCCCAAGCUGUACUCGGAGGGCGACCCGGGCGAGAAGCUGGAGCUGGUGGCAGGCUCCGGCGUCUGCAUCACACGGGGCCAACUCAUGAACUGCCACCUGUGCGCGGGCGUCAAGCACAAGGUGCUGCUGCGCCGGCUGCUCGCCACCUUCUUCGACAGGAACACGCUGGCCAACAGCUGUGGCACCGGCAUCCGCUCGUCCACCAGCGACCCCAGCCGCAAGCCGCUGGACAGCCGGGUCCUCAAUGCUGUUAAACUGUACUGCCAGAACUUCGCGCCCAGCUUCAAGGAGAGCGAGAUGAACGUGAUCGCGGCCGACAUGUGCACCAACGCCCGCCGUGUCCGCAAGCGCUGGCUGCCCAAGAUCAAGUCCAUGCUGCCGGAGGGUGUGGAGAUGUACCGCUCCGUCAUGGGCGCCGGCGUGGCCCUGGACCCCGAGUUCCCGGCCGCCGCCGCCGCCGCCGCCGCCCAGGUGUUUGAGCAGCGGCUGUACGCCGAGCGGCGGGGCGACGCGGCCGCCCUCGUGGCCCUGAGAACUGACGCCGUGAACGCUGCUGCCGACCUGGCCGCCCCCGCCAAUCCCCCCUUCGAGGCCGGGGAGGAGGCCGAGGGGGCCGGCUCCGUCAUCCAGGAGGCGGCCGCGCCCGAGCCGCUGCCCGCCGACGGGCAGAGCCCCCCGCGGCCCUUUGAGCAGGGCGGCCCGGGCUCCCGGCCCCCCACACCCGCGGCCCGCCGGCCGGACGGCGCCUACGCGGGGACCCUGUAG